GGCACCGUUUUGUUUACCAGACAACAAGACCAGAGAAUGAAGUUAUUCUUUGACAAGAUACAGAAGAACAAGUAGCCUACUACUUGGGUAAAUAAACCCUGCCAGUCUUCUGGUGUGACAGCAUGGCGUCCGUGAAGGUGGAGGACAAAUGGGACUGGGAUAGCCCCUUAUGUCGCGCGCAAAUAGAUGGAGUGUUUUUCCGUAAUCACGACUACAUUCAAGCUGGCAGUCAGGAGCACAAGGACUUUUGGGCUUUCUUUGAGCGUUUCCAGCGUUUCAGAGCUAGGAGGGAGAUGUCAGGGUCAAAAGACAGUAAAUAUGAUGACCCCAAAUGCAGCAGCAAAAGCCACAAAAGUGGCUCGAUGGACUUAGGACUGCCUAAAGAAUAUGAUGCCAGGUACAAAAUCAAUGUGUCAGUUUGUACAAAGGAUGUGGAGGAGAAAAUGGAAGGCAGUGGUGGGUAUCGACGUCAAACUCAAUCUGGCCCAGGGAAACAGGAGAUUGCAGACUGUCGCUUGGCUUUACUCCAUUUCCUGGACUUCAGCCAGAAGCAGAGCUUUAACAAGCUGGCUAAACUUCGUCAGGAGCAGAGGAGCCUGCCUAUUUUCCACUACCGGGAGAAGCUAGUGGAGCUGGUGAAGAGCCAUUCGGUGGUGGUGGUGGCGGGGGACACUGGCUGUGGCAAGUCUACCCAGGUGCCUCAGUACCUGCUCGCCUCCGGGUUCACCAACAUCGCCUGCACCCAGCCCCGACGAAUCGCAUGCAUCUCCCUGGCCAAGCGUGUCAGCUUUGAGAGUCUCAACCAGUUUGGAUCCAAGGUGGGAUACCAGAUCCGUUUUGAGACCACACGCACUCUGGCCACCAAGCUUCUGUUCCUGACCGAGGGGUUGCUACUGAGACAGAUCCAGGCGGACCCUUUGCUGAGCCAGUACCAGGUGCUUAUCGUGGACGAGGUCCAUGAGCGCCACCUCCACUGUGACUUCCUGCUGGGCGUGCUGAGGGCCCUGGUGCGCGCCCGGCCCGACCUCCGCCUGGUCCUCAUGUCCGCCACCAUCAACAUCAAGCUCUUCUCCGACUACUUCUGGGGUGCGCCCGUGCUGCAGGUGCCAGGCAGACUCUUCCCCAUACAGGUGAUCUACCAGCCCAUCCCCCCCGAGGAGAUGGCGUCUCGCUCGGAGAAGCUGGACCCGCGGCCGUACCUGCGCGUGCUGCAGGGCAUCGACCAGCGCUACCCUCCAGAGGAGCGUGGCGACCUGCUGCUCUUCCUCAGCGGCGUGGCGGAGAUCUCCACAAUACAGGAGGCCUGCCAGACCUACGCCACGCACACACAGCGCUGGAUCGUCCUGCCGCUGCACAGCACCCUGUCUCUGGUUCAGCAGGAUAAGGUUUUUGAUAUAUCUCCCCCUGGUGUCAGAAAGUGCAUCAUCUCCACAAACAUAGCUGAAACGUCCGUUACCAUCGAUGGAGUGCGCUUUGUAGUGGAUUCAGGUAAGGUGAAGGAGAUGAGCUUUGACCCGAAGGCCAAGAUGCAGCGUCUGCAGGAGUUCUGGAUCAGUAGGGCCAGCUCGGAGCAGAGGAAAGGCAGAGCGGGUCGCACAGGGCCGGGGGUCUGUUACCGCCUCUACGCAGAGUCCGACUACGACGCCUUCGCUCCCUAUCCCGUCCCCGAGAUUCACAGAGUGGCUCUGGACUCUCUGGUGCUGCAGAUGAAAAGUAUGGGCCUGGGAGACCCUAGCUCCUUCUCCUUCAUCGACCCUCCCCCGGCCUCCAGUAUCCAGACGGCCAUGACGUACCUGAGGGAGCAGGGGGCCCUGGACGUCUCCGGAGAGCUCACCACCAUCGGGAGCCUGCUGGCCCAGCUGCCUGUGGACGUGGUCAUUGGAAAGAUGUUGGUGCUUGGCUCCCUGUUUAACCUCGUGGAGCCCGUGUUGACGGUCGCUGCAGCUCUGAGUGUCCAGUCUCCGUUCCUGAGAAGUGCACAGCACAACCCAGACUGCGCCACAGCACGCCAGCCUCUGCACAGCAACCAAGGAGACCCCUUCCUUCUCCUCAACACGUUCAACGCCUGGGUGCAGGUGAAGGGCGAGCGAGGUGGAGGAUCCAGGAAGUGGUGCAGGAGACGUGGCCUGGAGGAGCAGAGACUCUACGAGAUGGUCAACCUACGCAGGCAGUUUAAGGAGCUGUUGAGGAGCCACGGUCUGCUGGAGGAGGAGAGAGGGGUGGCGACCACCCCCGAGGAGCAGCAGCGGCGGCGCCAGAGGCUGACCGAGCGUCACCAGCUGCACCAGCUGAAGAGGGAGCAUGACCUGCAGGAGGGCGCUCGCCGCAAGGUGCUGCGGCUGGACGAGGGCGGAGGAGACGGCGGCGCCGCGGGAGACUCAUCUGGAGAUGAUGACGACGGAGCAGCAGCCAGGGGGAAGAAAGGCGACGGGCAGAACCUGGACAUACAGGAGGUGAAGUUUAAGCUGCGCCACAACGUUGACCAGCUGCAGGAGGUGGCCAGUGCCAGUCAGGACCUGUCGUCACGGCGCCAGGCCCUCCUCAAGCUGCUGCUGUGCCGCGGCCUCUACCCCCAGCUCGCUCUGCCUGACGAGCACAACGCCACCCGCAAGGACUCAGAGCAGAUAUUUCACACGCGGAAUAAGCAGGGGGUGGUCAUCCACCCCACCAGUGUGUUUGCCAGUGACCCUGAGUGUCUCCAUGUUCCUGAGCAGGACAGCGGGCCAGGGCUAAAUAAGGGCCAGACUGGCAAACAUCAGCUGCUGGCCUUCGUCACGCUGCUGGAAACCAACAAGCCGUACGUGUCCAACUGUGUACGAGUUCCAGCACUACAGCUUCUCCUGUUGGUGGCCAACUGCCUGGACAGUAACGGGGAGUGCACGCGGCUGGUGGUGGACGGCUGGCUGGAGCUGUGCCUGACGGACGGCGAGCGGACGCUGGGCGUGGUGUCCACGGCGCUGGAGCUGCGGGCCGAGUGGGAGCGCCUCCUGCAGGCCCAGCUGUGCAAGCGCAGGCCCUCCCAUCGCGAGCUGGAGCACCUGAGCGAGAGGCUGGUGCGCUUCCUGCUCUACACAGAGGUCAACUACACCAUACGGCGGCUUACAGCUCUCCAGUCCCAGAACCUGUACAUUGGUCCGCAGAGAGACGUGACGGCCGCGGACGCCCAGGCGCUCAAGACCAUCUUCCCAGGCUGGGACCCGCAGCCUGACCCCAUCAAGGGCGGACUCCGCGUCAGCAGCUACUUCACAUACAACUGCCUCAGUGACCCUAGUGACCUGUACAGCGAGUGCCUGCGCACCUUCUGGACGUGUCCCCACUGUGCCCUCUACAUGCCCUUCACCCCACUGGAACGCAUGCAGCACCAGGCCACAUGCAAACCCCCUGAGGAACAGGGCAAGCAAGAGGAAGCUAUUGAUGACUCCAAGACCCCCCCAUCCUCCUCCUCCACCACCUCCUCCCUGUCUCGGCUUUACCACUGUGACAUCUGCAACAAGGACUUGACCCUCACCUCCACAGAGAUCCUCAAGCACAAGCGACAACAUGCAGCCACAAGCUAAGGAAGACCAUGGCCAAUAGCAAUACUUCACCCUUCAAUGACUGGCCUGCUCUAUUAGGCUGCUCUCCUUGUACUUACUGUAUGUAACUUGUUGUACACAGGGCCCGCAACCACCAAACAUUUGGUUGUGACGUUCAAAAACGAUUACUUGGUGAAACCGAAUCAGAGAGGCUCUAAGGGUAUUAGAAGAGACUCUACUCGCCACUUUUCCGGGUGGUACUGCACUCUAGAGGCGCCAACAGAGGAGUGCAGACUCUAUUCAGAAUGAAUGGGCUGCGCUCUCUCAACAGUGCCCCUAGGUAAACCGCAGGCAUGGGUCGGAUGGUGAGUUUGAAGGCUGUAUGUAUGUAAACAGGCUGUGACGGAAGGCUGAACUCUGUUGAAGAUUGAAAUGUGCCCCCUCCUCCCUCCCCAUGCACUGAUUAGGUGCUUGUCUGAUAGUAAGACCAAGCCCAUCCUGAACACCCGGCCGGGCCCAGGCUUAACAUGGAGUGUUUUUUGGACUGAACUGCUUGUGUCCGGCAAGGCAAAGCUACUGCUCUAUUUGUGGCUCCUGGUCUGCUCCAGAGUGACUGUUCAAUAGAACAGAGGUGCAUUUCUCAAAACCAUAAUUGCUAACUUUGUUAGCUACUUUGUUGUUUUCCAUGCAAUUUCCCAUUGCCAGCUACCUAAGUUCCUAACUGGCUAGUAGCAACUAUGCUUUCAAGAAACGCACCCCUGGUUUGGUUACAUGCAGCAAAGUCUACAUCAUUGUCAAGAUUGAACAUGCAAAACCGUUUAUAACACUGACUUUGAUUGAAAACAAUAUCCGUUUCAGUGCAAUGUUAUCAAUUAAAAAUGUAAUGUAUAUAUUUUU